AACUUGUUAGUUUGAAACGUCAAAAACGAACGUAUACGAAGUUUAGCGUCUGGCGGGAUCCAAACAAUUCAGAAAGAGAAGCCGGCGUCUGGAGUUGGGAUAAUAAUUAUUUUAUCCAAGUACAUCGGGCCCUAAAAACUCGUCAAAAUGACGAUUAGCAAAAACAACAAAAUGGUUCAGCACUUGAACUAUCGAGUGCGAGUGACACUUCAAGAUUCCAGAACAUUUAUUGGGACAUUCAAAGCAUUCGACAAACACAUGAAUCUGAUUUUGGGAGACUGUGAAGAGUUUCGUAAAAUCAAAGCCAAGAUUAACAAGUCAGGUGUUGGUGCCACAGAGCGAGAAGAGAAGAGAGUGCUUGGCUUAGUGUUGCUCAGAGGAGAGAAUAUUGUGUCGAUGACUGUUGAAGGUCCUCCACCCACAGAAGAAAGUAUGCCCAGAGUCCCUAUGCCAGGAGUUGUUCCAGGGCCCGGUGUUGGCAGAGCUGCUGGGCGAGGAGUACCAGUCAAUGCACCCAUGGGCGCUCCUGCAGGACUUCAAGGUCCAGUUAGAGGAGUUGGUGGCCCUGCUCCUCAAAUGAUGGUUCCAGGUGGCAGAGGUGCUGGUGGUCCAGCAGUAUCAGCACCACCACAAAUGAGACCUCAGGUUCCUGCUCCUCCGAUGGGUGCUCGUCCUGGUAUGCCUCCGAUGGGUAUGGCUCCUCCUCCUGGUAUGAUGGGCGGUCCACCUCCCGGUAUGAUGGGAAUGCCACCAGGAAUGAUGGGCCGUGGUGCUCCUCCCGGUGCACCACCAGGCAUGCGUCCACCACCUCCUGGCAUGAUGAGAGGGGGUCCACCGGGAAGGCCCUUCUAAACGAUUUGACCACCUGUGUCGUAUGUGGAAUUUUGUGUAACUCCGAUAACAAUACAAGACCUCGAAAAUAAGGAGGUGAUGACUUUUUAA